GAGAAGCCGUUGCGCGUUUAGUGCGGCUCUUGUCAAUGCAGUGUGUUUAUUAAAGAGAUAUGCUGAGAACAGGAGAACAGCGCAAUCGCGGUUAUCGUUGCUUCAUGGGACUCUCUCUCCUUAAUGGAGUUGCCCCGCUGGCCGCGGCUCCGCUCACUCGGGUUCCCCUCAUCGAGUUCAUUUCCUCUCACACAACCACGCGCUUCCCGACUACUUAACACUAAUAGUCAUCACUCAUCUCAUUUUUCGGCGCCGCCACCGCCCCGGUCUCAAAGAUCUUCAAUUCGGAUCUCGACCUCCAAUAAUUAUGGCGACCAUUACCAAUGCCAGCACCGGCGGCGACGGCAGCAGCAGCAGCAGCAGCAGCAGCAGCAACAACAACAACAACAACAACAAUGUCAAUAACGACAUCAGUAGAGGAGGUACUGCCUCUGAUGGCGGCGGCCUUUUCAAGGGAGUGAAACUAGCACAGAAAAAGAAGCUGAUCAACCUCCUCCGCGGCUGGCCGGCUCCCAGUCUCCUCCCCGCGGCCGACCUGCAGGAGGCAACAAACUACGUCCUCUCGGACCCGGCCAUCGCCGUGCCCGUGUUGCAGUACGGAAUCGACCCGGGGUACCAGCCGCUGAGGGAGGAGGUGGCGCGGUGGCUGAGCGAGCUGUACCCGAGGUAUACCCCGCCCGGGUCACCAGGGUCACCACCAGCCGAAAAAGGAGGUGGGCGUGGUAGCGAUGGUAGUAGUAGUGACGGGAGCGGCAGCGGCAGCGGCAGCGGGGCCGGGAUAUCGGCCGACGAGAUCACCAUCACGGGCGGCGCGAGCCAGAGCCUGGCCUGCGUGCUGCAGUCGUUCACGGACCCCGGGUACACGCGCGCCGUGUGGGUGGCCGCGCCCUGCUACUUCAUGGCCUGUCCCAUCUUUGAGGACAACGGGUUCCGCGGCAGGUUGAGGGCGCUGCCCGAGGACGAGGGGGGCGUGGACGUGCGUGUGUUGGAGAGGCGGCUGAAGGAGUGUGAGGCGGAGCCAUGGGAGAACCGCCCCCUCAAGAACCCAUACCCCGACCGCAAGCUGUACCGCCACGUCAUCUACCUCGUCGCGACGUGCGCCAACCCCUCCGGCAAGACCAUGUCCCUGGCCCGGCGCGAGCAGCUGGUCCACCUCGCCCGCGAGUACGACGCGCUCAUCAUCAGCGACGACGUCUACGACUUGCUCCAAUGGCCGGUCACGCCUCUGUCUUCCCUCCCGUCCCCGUCCGCGUCCCCGUCCCCAUCCGCGACCGGGACCGGGUCCGGGUCCGGGUCUGAAUCCGGGUCCCCGUUCCCGGUGCCGCGGCCGCCGCUGCUGCCUCUGCUCUCGCAGAUCGACGCGGCCCUGCCGCCGUCGCGGCACAACCCGGCGGGCAGCGGCAAGGUCUUCUCGCACGCCAUCUCGAACGCGUCCUUCUCCAAGCUGGUCGGGCCGGGCGUGCGCACGGGCUGGAUCCACGCGUCGGCCGACUUCGCCUACGGCUUCUCCGUCACGGGCACCAACCGCAGCGGCGGCGCCGCCAGCCAGUUCGCCGCCGCCGUCGUCUGGCGCGCCCUCGCCUCCGGCCGCGUCGCCCGCCACGUCGACUCCGUCGUCCGCCCCGCCCUCCGCCGCCGCCACGCCCUCGCCCUCGACGCCAUCGCCCGCUUCCUCGCGCCCCUCGGCGUCACCGUCUGGGGUGGCAAUACCGUCCGCGGCGCCGGGCAGGGCGUCGGUUUUUUCUCUCGCGGUGAUGGUGGUGGUAGUAGUAGUGGUGGUAGUAGUAGUGGUGAUAGUAGUAGUAAUAGUAGUAGUAGCAGCAGCGGAGAGCGGGGUGGAGAAGCGGAGGUCGGGGACGGCAGGGAAGAAGUGUACGGCGGCUACUUUUUGUGGCUGACGCUGCCGGAAGGAGUGGAUUCCGCGGUGGUCGCGGAGCGGGCGAGGGCGGAAGAGGACCUGAUAGUGGCGCCGGGCCAGAUCUUCGAGGUGGCCGGGGAUGAAGACUCGGCGAGGUUCCCGAGGAACUUGAGGCUGUCCUACUCGUGGGCGGACGAGGAGGACAUCGUGGAGGGGAUAGAAAGGUUGGCAACGGUGCUGAGGAGGAUGUUGCGGGGGGAGGGUGACGACGAGGCCCGGAAGGAGGACGCCCACGGGGAUGCACAGGUGUUCAAGUAAACAGAAGGGGGUUAUGGUGAGGAUUUCCACUGGAUCCUGGAUCGUGCUAUCCGCCUACUUCACGAGUCUCAAAAUAGGGACGGCGAGACGUCUUGACAGGAGCUUGUACGCAUGGGGUGUGACAUGGGCGGCAUCCUCCCCUGCUGCCUCAUCGCUUCUCCUCGGUCGAAGGAUCGGGGUACGAGUGAAUCUAGGAGCAUAACAGCGUUAGCAAGAAUGGCGUGCAGGUGAGGUGCGGUAUAGGUGGUCAGGUCAUGCCUUGUCUGCGAGUGCCAGCCAUUCCUCAACCCCCCGCAGAUACGGAUCAGCAGCGGCGUCGACGGGCUGCUCGUGGCCCCAGACGACCAUCUCGUCGAACUCGGCCUGGACCUGCAGGGAGCCCUGGGGGGGAGCCUCGGGCUCGAGGUCGAUAACGUCGGCUUCCUCGGGCCUCCUGGACGGCUGCUUCGGCGCAGACACGGCCGCGACAACGCCGCGGUAGUUAUCUGGCAGCUUCGCGGCGGUGCCCUGGAGCUUGCGUCCCCGAAAAUAAGCGGUGCGGGUCCCGGCUAGCGGCAAAACAGCGAGUCAGUUAAGAGGCUCUUCUCUCAUCUCUUAUCUCUCUCUCUCAUCUCUCUCUCUCUCUCUCUC